CGCCUCGCCAUUGGCGGCGGCACAGGUGACCGCAGACGCUCGGAAUUGUGACAACAUCUCGACGGUCGAAACGAAAACAAAUUAUCCCCCGAGCUUCCAGCGGUGACACGCGCAGCAGCAGCAGCCUGUGGAAGUACAGACUCACUUCGAAAGUCGACAGUUGUCGUUGUUGUUUCCUUCUUCCCCUGAAGCUCGACUCGUUCUCCUCUGGAGGUGCCCGGCGGACUCGCAGUCGUCGGAGCGUGCAGAGAGAAGCGGGCACGCACUUUCCUUGAACCCGACUCGUUACUUCGUACUGUCUGACCUUCACAGCGGAUUGCCAUCCACUUUCUCUGGCACCCAGACAUGUAGUCAACAACAUAACCAUCGUGUAUUCAUCUUUGCGAAUUCUUUUCCUCUCAAACAGCUUCCUCUACCUCUCGGGCUGGACUGCGGUGCAUUGACGCCGGCUCGCCCUCCCCUGCCCCCUCGCCCCCCAGCAAUGGCCUCACGCAUCGGGCUGCGGAUGCAGCUGAUGCGGGACCAGCUGCAGCAAGAGGAGCAGCGCGAGCGGCAGCAGCAGCAGAAUGCAGUCCUGCAGUCUUACAUGCAGCAGCGCAUGGCCGGGCCACCUGCGCCCACCCCGGCCAUUAGCACCCCACAGCAUUACCAAAGCAUGCAGGUCCCCGUGGAAAUUCUUAAGGUACAGACCCACCUGGAGAAUCCCACAGACUACCACAUCCGUCAGUCUCGCAGGCAACAGGUGAAAGAAUACCUGUCAACCACCUGUGCCACCAAGCAGACGAUCCACACCGUAGCAGGGGUGAUUCCGCCGUCUUCUCCCACAAAAAUGGGACCCACGGGGGGUUCAGCGUCGGCCCCCCCACCUCUGCAGUCCCCACACAUGCGCACCGAGCAGCUCAUGUCUGGCAACAGUGCCCCCAACAGCCCCAUGGCCAUGCUCGACAUCAGCUCCAGCCAUGAGAACGAGAUGGAUGAGGUCAUUGAUGACAUCAUCAGCAUGCAGUCCAAUUACGAUGAUAUUCAGGCAUACAUCGACCCCAUCCAGAUGCCCAACACACUCCCUCUGUCUAGCAGUCACCUGGAUGUUUAUACAGGUCCUGGGAUGAAGGGGCCAGCCAUUGGUAUGACCAGUAACUCCUGCCCUGCCAACCUGACCAUCAAACGAGAACUGUCAGAUGCAGAAGCCCGAGCCAUGGCCAAGGAGAGACAGAAAAAAGACAACCACAAUCUGAUUGAAAGGAGGAGGAGAUUCAACAUCAAUGAUCGAAUCAAAGAGCUGGGCACCAUGAUCCCCAAAACCAAUGACCUUGUGCAUAGUGAUGUGCGCUGGAACAAAGGCACUAUAUUGCGGGCAUCUGUCGACUACAUCAAACGCAUGCAGAAGGAUGUGCAGAGGAGCAGAGAGGUGGAAAACAACUUCAAAAGGAUGGAGAUGGCCAACAAACAGCUGUUGUUACGCAUCCAGGAGUUGGAGAUGCAGGCUCAGUUGCAUGGCCUGCCCGGCAACUCUCCCUCUGGCCUGAACCUGCCUGACCUGAUGGCUCCUUACAUAAAACAAGAAUUGAGCCCAGAAGAGAAGCUUUCUCAUCCCCAGAUACAAGGCCACCACCAGCCCCACCACCAGCCCCAGCACCUACCCAGGAACCAGGUUCAGCACCAGGCCCACCAGCACCACUUCCUCCCACAAAAUCACCUCCAGGCUCAGGGCCAGGCUCAGCCCAGGCAGCUGCCACCGCUCCCCCAGCAUCUCCAGCCUCAGCCGCCCAUCCAGUACCCAGCUGUAGGCAGCUCCCAGCCCUUUGACUAUGCCCAGUCGCUGGACUUGUGCGAUAGCAUACCUGGCUUCUCAGACGGCAUGUCGGGGCUGGGCGACCUGGUCGGACUGGAUGGCCAAGGGAGGAGAGGCGAGCUGGGCUUCCUGAUGAUGGACGAGCCCUUGUCCCCAAUGGGCGGAGACCCACUGCUCUCCGCAAUGUCCCCUGAAGCCUCGGUUGACUCCAGCCGCAGAUCCAGCUUCAGCAUAGAGGACGGGGACAUACUGUAGACACAUGCGUACACGCACACACUUACACACACAUGUAUUCGUAGAAGCACAUUCAUGCACAUGCAGAGGUUUCACAAAGUGUGCAGUAAAUAUGUAAAAGUGAAAGUACAUCAACACAAAUGUUGACAAAAGAACAGCACACGCAAAAGAAAGAAAUUAGCCACCAGACAUCACAAAUGAUAUUCACCCAGCACCAACUCACAACAUUGCUGCACACGCACUUACACCAAUGACAUUCAGAUAGUUGUGGUACAAAGGAUCUGUUAACGGUACAAGCAAAAGAAGGCACACACCUCUCAUACAGUGGGAAACAUUCUGUACAGUACAGCCAUCUGCGCAUGCACACACACACACACACACAUACACUCAUGCACACAGAAGAGCGUGUGAGAUAACCUGAGCAGCUUGAAACGUUGCCCAACAGACUCGGCAUUUACAAGAGGUGAACCAACACUGCCAGGUCAGGAGUUAUAUAGUGCACUUGGCCUUGUUUCCAUGAAGGUAGCUCUGAAUCAUAAUUGACAAGGGACAAAAACCAGAAGUUAAUUAGAUUGAAGUUAUCAGAUACAAGGACAACCGAGUGCAUUGUCUCACUUGAUAGAGGACAAGUUAUUUUCCCCUUUACAUCAACCUCUUCUAGUCACCAUAAAUGAUUGAAUGAACGAUAGUGAAUAAAAUGGAAAUAGCUUCAUGGUCCUGCAUGCAUAAUUUAUCUUAAGAAGAGGGAGUCUAGUCACAUUUUUCUGUUUCUCAAUCUGGUUUUCCACGUUUUCUUUCACCCUGAGCACCAGGUGUCUGGUCUUUGACAAGGAUUUGUUUUCAUUUGUUGCAUCUAUCCCUCUUCUAGAUAUAUUGAUGUUUGUCAGGAGAUUUGCUUUCCACACACUCACACUGCUGUCCCUCGGUUUCUACACUUUGUAAUACAUUACACUGUCAUGCCUUUUUUUUACAGACACUGCAAAAUGUGUGUUGACUUUGAACAGAGAGCAAAAAGAGAAAGAAAACCAUUCGAUGGUCUUCAAAGAACAGUCUCAUCUGAAUCUGUGAGGUGACAAUAUACUCAGGUACUGUAACAGAAUACUCGAGCAGGAUCUUCUUUUUUUUUUUAAGGUAGCAGCAGAUGGUAACCUCAACUGUGUCAGGGCCCUAACACCUAUCAUUGUGCCUUUUGAUUUGUGCAGCUGAUGUUUUUAUAGGUGAGAGGUUAUGACCAGGGUUUAAAAUUAAUAUCGAGUUCAGUUAUGCCGUUAAAUGCUUCUGUACAGUCGAUACCAUUAUUAAUGCAAUAGAUAAACAGUUAAUGUUUCUGUCACUAAGUGACUUUGUAGGGCUUGUGCUCGAGGCCCAGACGAAGGAGAGAUAGAGUGACAGGGUUUCAUACUGGAGAGAGGGAGAGAAAGAGAUGGUUCAUCCCAUCUGACAGCAGCAGUAGUCGUAGUCUUCACUGGAAAAUCACAGCAUUAGCACACACACUCGCAUGCAUUAACACGCUUUGGUACACAAACAGGCAUGUUUCUGACAUGCACAUACCCACCCAGUGCACGCACAUGCAUUAUGUUGCUCACACACGUACAUACACAUACACCAUGCAGUGCAGUUUGCCCAUUAACAAGUCUCCUGUGCUUCAGUCUCUCCCCUGAGGAGUCGACUGAAGCUGCCAGCAGCAGAGGUACAGUAAACUGCAGGCCUGCUGGGGUCUGGCUACUUGUCACAGCCGUGGCCCGGGCAGGUCGAGGUUCACCUGACUUAUAUCUCGGCUGUGGUUGACCCGGAGCUUGGCUUUGAUUUGACAUUGCUUAUGAUCAGUACUGAUAAAAGUAGGAAAAAAAACUUUGAAGCUGAUUUUUUUUCUUUCUUUUUGAUUUAAAGAAGUGUUUGUUUUCUUUAAUAUAGUUUGUUGUUUAUUUUAUCCCCCCUAAGCACUGGAAACUAUAUUGUUGUUUUGACUUUGUACAUGGACGAAAUUAUGAAAUAAGAUUUAUUUCAGAUAUUGUAUGCCACUAAGCCACUUAAAUGUAUUUUGUUUGUAUUUGUUGUUUUAAUUUCAUUUCAGUUUCAAAAAUUCAAAAAUUACCAUUUCUUCUCAAAGCCAUUUUCAAGACGUACACUGUAAAGAGUAGGGAGCAAUUUAUGAACUUCCAGAUUUCAAGUGACUUUAAAGAGAUGAAGAGAUGAUGUACUUUUGUACUUUUGAUGACAUUUUUUUUUACAUGAUUGGGAUCUUAUUUUUCUCUCUCUUUUAACGUUGAAAUUUGGAGCCGAACAUGGAUGGAAGAUGAUUAUUUAAUCUCAUUAAAUUCAAAUUGCUCAUUGUAAGAAUGUAAGGUUUACCAGUGGUUCAGGUCAGACUGAAGCAGGUCAGCAUUUUUCGCCAUGCCCUCCUUCCUCCCUGACAUUGGUUUCAUUGGAGACCGGAAAAUGACCGACUUCACAUAAACGCUGAGCUGAGAAGUUGUGGUUGCCAUGGAACUGUAUCAUUGACCCUGUCUGUCUGCCUGCCAGAGUUGUGCCUUUUCCCUAUCAGCCACAGUUAGACUAUUGUACUGUCACCCAGCCAACACUCCAAAGAGCUGCUGAGGCCUCCCCUACUCUCCGACUAGAGGGGGCUCCGCAGAGGAAACUACACAGGGAAAAGUGGCUCUGAUUUUACUGAGAAUAUAAAAUGUUUUACCAGAAACCA